GUAGCGCCAUCUGAUGACGUAAAUGCAAAUUAGAUUGGGGCUGUGUCCGCUGACGCGUUCGUACGUGUCCGUAUUUUUCAGGUCAUAAUCGCCAUGGAAACGGAUGUGAGUACAGACCAACCAGGUUCAUCCACCAUGGCGACCAUUGUAAACCCAGCGAGCGUAGAAGCAGCAGACAUCAAGCAAGGUGUCAACACCGAUGUCCCUUCAGGAACUACCAUCACAGUUGUCGAUGCAUCCCAGACAUCUGAUCUUGGAGGUCUUCUACAGGCAUCCGAGAUGAUGGAGAUAAUCACACAGGAGGUUACUACACUCGCCCAAGCUAAUGGAGGGGUCACAGAGGCAAUUACAACAGUCGCACCUGUCAUGGCGCAGAAUGGGGUUGUUCUUCAAGCUUCUGAGCUAAUGAAACAAAUCAUGGAACAGGUGAAUAUCAAACAGGAGGACGGGGAAGACGCUCCACAGACGGUCUAUGCUGAAAUCAGACCACCAGAACAGAUGAUGAUAGAAGACCCAAGCUCUGGCCAAGAUAAACAAACAGGGUUGGUUGACACAUUUGCUAUGUAUACCGACGACGAGAAUCAACCAGAGGAGAUGGUUCAUCAACAAUCAGAUAACAUGGGUGGUUCAACCAAGGUUCUUCAUGUUCAAGCUACGCAGGAACCAGUGGAAGGAGAUCCCAACAGUGUUGAGGCCUCAAGGACGUUGACGGUUGUGAUCACCAACUUCCCAGACCAUCUCAAGACACAGGUCCUCUCCUACAGCUGUAUGUCAUGUGGGAGUGCGUUCAACGAGGUCGUCGACCUCAUGUCACAUGUCUGCACAGGCACCGCCCCCCUCAUUGCCAAUGCCAGCAGCGUAGUCAUCAACACAGGUUUGGGUACAAGUGCUCCGGAGAUUGACCCUAACAAGACCGUCAUCAGCACCGCCGACCUCUUCUAUCGAUGUGACGAAUGCCCAAAGAAAUACGUCAAGAAGACGGACCUAGUCAGACAUAAAAAUGCUCACCAUAAAAAGGGGGACACUGUCAAGUUGAAGCAUCCAUUAGUAAACCGGGUGGACCUGUUAGAUACAGCAAACAUAGAACAGCAGCAGAUGGUCGAAGAGAACAUCAUCAUUACCGAAAAUGGCCAGUUUCAGUGUGCUGUUUGCCUAAAGUGCUGUAAGCGGAAGUUUGAUCUGAAACGUCAUCUGUUAACCCACAGUAACAUCAGAGACCGGCCGCACUCGUGCGAGCACUGUGACAAGAGAUUCCUGACAGCCAGCCAUCUUAGGCAGCAUCUCCGGGCCCAUGCUGGUAUCAAACCGUUUGCGUGUGACGUGUGUGGGAAGACGUUUGCACGUUCCAGCGAGGUCACGCGGCACAAGGUCAUGCACCAGAGAGAUGGAGGAGGAGGAGGCAGUGCUGGAGUCGAGGAUGGAGUAGGAGAUGGCAUGAUUGAAACCAACAAUUCUGUAAACUCUGUAGAAGAGGAUGAGAUGGUUGUUCCGGAGGUGGUUCCGGUGUCGAUGGUCUCAGCGCUGGGGUCUCUCAGCUACGAAUGCACCGACUGUUCAGAGACAUUCCUCAAUAAGAAAGACUUGCAGCUUCACCUGUUUGAGAAGCACACGUUCCAAUGCAAGCAGUGCGCCACAGUGUUCCCAACCGUAAGUACCUUGGAGCGGCACAUGGCCGAGCACCGGGAGGAGGUGUACACCUGCAUAGAAUGUUCCAUGGUGUUUGUCCACAAGAAACAGCUCAAACAGCACAACAAGCAGAAGCAUCGGGAAAAGUAUCGAGAAAAGCACCGGGAGAAGCACGCGGAACGGCAACGGGAGCAAGAGGACACGCAAGAGAACCGAACUGAGGACCAAGAGGAUGGGGUUAGGUAUCAGUGUGAUAUAUGCUUCAAGGAGUUCCGCAAGAAUAGCAAUCUCAAGCGGCACAUGGUGACCCACACGGAGCGGGAAAGGCGGCACCAGUGCGAGCUCUGCGAGAAGAAGUUCCUGACAAGCAGUCACCUGAAGGCUCACCACAUGCAGAAGCACUCGGAGGAGAGGCCCAACAAGUGUCCGUACUGCGAUAAGAGGUUCGCCCGGAAGCACGACCUGAAGCGGCACCUGUCCAUCCACGAUGCGGAGAGAGAGAGGCCCUUUGAGUGCGACCAGUGUGACAAGAAGUACAUCGCAGCUAGUCAUCUUAGAGAUCAUCAAAUAGUGCAUACAGCCGAUGAUGAGGUGCUUUAGAACGGGGACCCAUUCCAGUGUGCCAACCUCUGAAUGCAUGAAGCCUGCCCUCUGGAGCCUGGAUGAUGCCAUGGAAGACGCACAGUAUUCUGCAUGGUCUGUACAUCGCAGCAUUAUGUCAUCAUGCACCCUUUCCUGCCACGUGUUCGUCAUAUCCCUUUGCUGUGGCUUGCAAAGCUUGCAACAUUCUUUUUUAAAGAAGUCGAGUUCUGGUAUAAGGUUGAUUAUUAGUUUCUUCUUAUGUUGUGGCAAAACAUCAAAGAAUAAUUAUAAAAGGUGUUGGCUCCUCAAUCGUCCAACUUCUAGCUAAGUGACAAGAGUUUGUUGCGAAUGUUAGAAUGGCCUGUCAUGCUUGAUAUUUAUGUAGUCCCAUGUAUACGUUUGUCUGUGGACUGAAUUCCAUCAAGACUGGCAAUUUAGUAGGAUAAGACUGAAAACUUAACAGAAAGAUAACUCAUUUAAGAUCACAUUCUUUCAAGUUCCUAUUGCAUCGAUUGUUGGUCAUCAAGGAGCUGUCAAUGAGACAGUGCUUGUUAGGGAAGUAAAUUGCUUGAGCCGAAAUGGCUGACUAAAUCACUUGCCAUGUCUGAGCUCUUUUAAUAUUGUCUAUACAAUCUGCUUGUGUUGUUUACAGUUUCAUACUGUAUUCAAAUCAAGCUGUGAAGAAAGUUUAAUAAAUGAUCAUGAUUCCCACCUCCCUUUAGUUUAGAUAAAAUUGAAAUAAAAUAUAGUUUACAAUUGAAUUAAUUUCAACAACAGAAAAAAAUGAAACAAUAGCAUUAUCCAAUUUCUUCUUUGAAUUUAACAACUUUUUUUCAUGUGUCUUUGGGCCAUUUGUGUCUGUGUUUGAUCUGUUUGCUGUGAUUGUUCAUGCAUGUACAUGUACUAGGGGGUGGAGCUGCGCUUUCAAGUUUCAAGGGUUUACUAUUAGAAGAAAUUACUCUAUUUUGGUGUAUUUUCCACAUCUUGAUAAUAAAAGAGAAAUCUAUAUGAAUGGAAAUCAAAACAAAAAUAUCAAAUGAUCAGAUUAUGAUAAUGUGCUAUUUUCAUUAAACCAUGGACCUAUUACGAAUGGACAUUCAACGAGAGUAUUUUAUGACCACCACCUGUUUCCAGCUGUCAAAAUCGCUGUCUAACCCUUAACUUUCUCUUUACGCGGUUUUUACGACCACCGCCCGGGGCGAUUGUUUACACAAGCUCCUUUCGCCCAUUGAUCGUCACCGAUCGAUCACUGGCCCUCUUUCGACCAAAGGCGGUCAUGUUUUAGCCCCGAUUGCCAAAAGGGAAAGUCCCUACAUUACCUAGAAUGCAAUGCGCAAUUCAUAUCCGGUUUUUCAGUACAUUAUUUUAGGCUGUCUAUAAUGUGCGAUUGUCGUCUGUCCAUCAAAAAAAAAUCCUGUUAAAUUUCAUCAAUCCUGUGGAAUUUUAUGCCCAAAUGAAAAUUAACUUCUGACCGAAGGUAAGCGCUACUAUCGACAUCAAUACUGUCCGAAAAAGAUGAAAUUUUAACGUUUUUCAGCAGAUUUUUUCGUCGAAUUUCAAGUGCUUUUUUGCCAUAGAUAUACGGAUCUGCAAGGUGAUGUCAAUGCAUUUCAUUUCCGGUUGUUAGCGAUGUACGUAAAAAAUACGUUUAUGCACGCCUGUUUUCUUGUUUCUGCUAUCAUUUUCAUAGCGCUAAUGUUCGCUGCUGUGCGUUGCUGUUGAUAAAGUGAACGAACAACAUCGCAAUGUGUAGGAGCAGCGUACAAUUGAUUUCCGCUGUCCAUCAGUGAGAGCAUGGUGAGAGCGUUUUUUACGACCGGCUUGAUGGGUGUCAGCUGCCAGCGCUCUGUUUAUAAAAGGAUUAGCGGCGACGGUCUUUGUGUCAAAGGAGGGGAUUCGUUGAAUGUCCAUUCGUAAUAGGUCCAUGAUUAAACUAACACUCUGGUACAGGUAGAUGACAAAGCAGGCAACUUUGUUUAAUUGUUCCUCCUUGGCAUAUGGCAUAGGUCAAGCAUCAUUAAAGGCCAUUCUGAUUAGGUUUACAAUGUGAUGGAAGUAGCAGUGAAUUCUGUGAUUAUAAGAAAUCAUAUUAUAAGAGGGGAUGGUCUGAAAAAAACGGGAUACAGCAUAGCUACAUAUCAUAAUUUCAUGUAUUAUGUGUAAAGCCAUAGUGUUGUUACCAAGAGGUUUCUUUCAAUUUGUGAUGUAAAUCUUAUUUUUUAUGAGGAUUUUUAAUUGAAUUUAUAGUUUGAAAACACUGCAAAUGUAACAGUGAAUGUAAACAUUGAAUAUCUCAUCAGAGAUCUAUCUAUCAGUUAUGUGGUGUGCUAUAUAUGUGAUGCGUUAGAGAUGUAUUAGUACAAAUAUUUCUAUUAUUAUUCUUAUUCCUAAGGCAUAGACAAUUAUUAAAAUGUGUGUGCUUCACCUUUUUAACUUGGUGUUUGCUGUACCUUUUUAUUUCUUGGUGGGGGAACUGUUGCCAAAAUAUUUGUUCCUGUGACUUUUUCUCUCGGCUUUAUUUAUUUUAUUUUUUUAAGGCUUCGAAUCCUAUUUUAGCAGAUUAAUUACAAUUUUGGACCUCCUCCAUAAAGAUUCCUCCUUUUUACUUCAUUUAUUCUGAUUUCUGGUCUUUAAUGGUUGGCAGCUAUGUAAUUGGUCCGUUCAACCUAUUUAGCCAAUGGGAAGAAAUGUAUCAGGCUCCAAGUCUAAGUCACGGAAUGCAAUUUAUUCAAUGUAUUCUUAUUUUGAUAGAUACUUCAUUUGUACAAUUGACAAUCCUAUUCAUCAAAGGUGAACUAUCUGACCUAGAAUGUUGUGUUUCACACUAGGAAACCGAUAUACACUUUUGUAUUCCUGUAGAAUGUGAUGGAAACAUCUAAAGAUGUAAUGUUUGGAACCUUUAAAUUCCCUGUUGCUUUCCUGUCACUUGCAGAGAAUCCAAAUAACUAUCCUAGCAUUUCUCAAAGUAUUUAUGGGCAAUGUCAUGCCUGUUACAUGGGAUUGUCCGUAUACAUAUUGUUCUGGGAUCGAUGUGACAUCUGAAAUAAAUUUUGAAAAUGUAGUGUAAUGAGUGUAUUUAUAAGAAGGGAUGUUCUAUGAAUGUAUAUUUUGAGCAAAGGUUCCCAAAUUGCCAAGAAAGAUCUAAACUGUUAUAUUCUUAUUUGUUCAUGAACAUUUUCAUUUAUCCAUGAAAAUAAUUAAAAUGUAGAAUUAUAAACGAUUGGAUGACAAAUAAAGGGGAAGUGUUGAAUAUCCGAUCCUGGGCGCAAUCUUCAGCUUUUUCUGAUUUUGGCCAAGUCCUCGUCGACUGUUGCAGAUGCGCUAUUGAUAUAAUUUUUUAGAUGUUUAAGAGAGAACACAUCCAGGGUGACGGAUCCAUUUCUCAACAAACUUCUUUUUUGAUAGGCUGAGAAGCACAGUUGCCAUGGUAAUUGUCACACAAAGUGUACUUUUGUGAGUCCUCUUAUGAAACACUCCCCCGGGAACAAACAUACAAAAUUGGAAGUGAAACAGUUCUUUUAAUUUGUAAAUCCAGUUGAUGUUAAUUAAUGACAGCUUUAAAUCAUGUCUUUCAGUUCAAAUUUAAUCUUCACAAUCCAUUGUAUGAUUAUUAACGUAAAGCUAUAACCAUGGCUACCCAUUUUCAGAUUGUAAUUUUUUUUCAUUUAAUUUGGCAUCGGUUUCUAUGAACCAUCCCAAGAGAAAAAGUAACAAAUUGUGACAUCAACCAGUGUGAACUAUAGCUUUUUUUUUUUUUAGAGUUUGGAUUGUGGCCCAGUGGAUUAGUGUCCUGACUUUUAAACAGGUUUGUGGGUUUGAAUCCCAGCCAUGGCAUAAUUUCCUUCAAUUAGUCAAUCACGUUUGUGCUGCAUUCAACCUAGGAGGUAUAAGCCUUUGAAUACCUGGCAUAAGUUUGCUUGUGCACUAUAAAAGGCUUGCUAGGCUAAUGCCAGGUUAAAAAUAGCUAAUUCCUUUUGGAAACUGAUAAUUUAUAUACAGAUUAUGCACUUUAUAAGAAUGAAAUAUUUAUUAUUUUAUGGCUCAAUUUUUGCUUUCCUGUCUUCGAUUACCUGUUAACUUUAUUUAUUUAUUAUGCAUGAAAGUAAACAAGUGUGAAAUUAUUGUAUGUUGGUUUGUCUAUGUCUUGAAGUGCAUUAAUGUACCAUUGUGAAGAAAAAACCUGAACCAUUUUUGAAAUUUUUAAAAUAUUUUGUAUAUCUCCCCACUAUGCGGGGACAAUUUAUCUGUAAAUUUUGAAUUAGUGUAUAGUACCAGUGCUCUUUGUUGAUAACUGUUACACAUUGUUUUGAUUGUACUUUUUGGUUGUAUUGGUAGUAAUGAGAUGAUUUUUUUAUUUUACAUUACAGUUUUUGCAGGACAAUGCUAGAAAACAAAGGGAGUGGAUUAGUUUGAAAGGAAUGCAGUGGCCCGUAUUCUGAACUUUGGUUUGAUUUAAACUCUCGUCUAAAACUAUGGAUAGCCAAUGGGGCACAAAUGCUAUUAGUACACGUUCAAUCAAUUAACUCACAUGAUGCUCGAAUAAAGGUCAUUAAACUCUGGUCUAAAGUUGUGGUUAAACUAUGGAGAGCCAAUUGUGUCAUAAACAUGUAACAGUUCAAGUUCGAUUUAUAAGCUAAUUUGACUCUCCAAUCAUUCGUAAAGGUCUGGAAAUGAUAACAAAUAGUUUCCUUCAUCAUAAUAGUAUGACGAAAAAGCACAGUAGACAUAAGAAACAAAAAAUUUUGACAUUGUAAGCUGCCCGUAAUUUUGACCACAAUUAACGGCAGUGGCCUAAUUUAAAUCAAACUUCAGGAUACGGGCCAAUGAGUCCACAUUUGUCCUGCAUACGUACAUGUAUAUUAAAGGUGGUGCAGGGAUUUAAGAUUGUUUGCCAUUUAUCCAGUGCUCUUUCUAAGCCAUCUGAAUGGCUGCUUACCAGUGUUUGAGCUUUGGCUGUAAAGGCCCGUACUCUGAACUCUGGUUUAUUUAAAAUCUGGUCCAAAGUUGUGGUUGAAGUAUGGGAAGCCAAUUGUGAUUGGUAUCUCUAAUACCGUAAUUUCUUUACAAGUUCGAUUUGUCAGCUCAUUUGAAAACCCAAAUCAUUCAUAAUUUACUGGGAAUGAAUUCUGAAAUAGUACUCGUCAUCAUGGAAACAUGAGGAAAGACACAAGUUAAGACACAUUCAAUGUAAAUGCAAUUUUGAUAUUUUUGGCUACUUUUUAUAUUUUUGGCUUUCCAUAAUUUUAGCACAGAGUUAGAGCAUGGCCUAAGGUAAAUUGGACUUCAGAAUACGGGCAAAAGUGUAUUAUGUCGCAGUAAACAAUCAAAUUAUUUA